AUGGCCGAUAAACUAGAAGGGAAAGGGACCAAUGCCGAAAGGUUAGGCUCUUUAGAAACCACUUUCAAUCGGAUCCUGGAUGCGGUUGAGGCACAUAAAGAGGAGGUAACAAUGAAGAUGGAUGAUCUAACUAGGGCUAUUUCCGAUUUGGCCUUGGCAAUGAAAAGAUCGGUCAAAAAAAAAAGUGAUGCCAGUUCUUCAGCGGAGUCACAGAGCGACACCACCAGCGACAUCGAAGAUUCAGACGUUUCACAAGGCUCAAAGAAAUUAAAAAAAAAGGAGAAAAGGAGGAGUACCGGGCAAGAGUAUCGAAAAUUGAAUGAGGUCAAAAGGAAGGAAGGGCUUAAGGUGGUAGCGGUUUGUUUGGAGGGACCACCUCUCUCGUGGUAUCGUUGGCAAGACUCUAGGAAACCAUUCAGCUCAUGGAGUAAGUUCAAAACCAGGUUGUUAGAUCGUUUUCAAUCAGCUCGGGAGGGUAGACUGCUGGAGCAAUUCUUAGCUCUCCAACAAGAUGGCAUUGUUAGAGAUUAUGUGGAUCGUUUCAAAAGCUUCGCGGACCAAGGAGAGGUUAAGGUGGGUGGGUAUUGUACAAGUAAGUGGAACAACGGUGGUGCCGCCAAGACAAUUGCCACCCAAACCCCGACUCCGACUGGUAUUGUACUAGAACAGAAGACAAGCUCGAACAACGGGGGUGGUACUUUCAAAAGACUGACACCGAUUGAGUUAGCAGAGAAAAAGGCUAAGGGUAUUUGUUUUCGUUGUGAUGGAAAAUAUUCUCCGGGUCACCGCUGUCCUAGCAAGGCGUUGCAAGUGUUGUUAGUUGAUGAAGAAGAUACCGUAGAAGAGGAAGACGAUGGAGACCACCCGCAUUUGGAGGCGAUUGAAGUGUCCUUAAAUUCUGUUUCCGGUCUUACCCCUCCGCACACGAUGAAGGUACGGGCAAACAUUCAGGGGGUCCCGGUGGUAGUAUUAAUCGACUAUGGAGCCACCCACUCAUUCGUCUCUAACUGGGUAAUCGAGAUUUUGGGGUUGACGGUUAUUGAUACAGGAUCGGUGAGGGUUGUGUUGGGCAACGGGAGGAAAGAUAAGACCCGGGGUACUUGCAAGGCAGUGACCCUAGAUUUGCAGAGGUGUAGCAUGGUGGAAGAUUUUAUUCCUUUGGAUUUGGGAAGUUCAGAUAUGAUUUUGGGCAUCACUUGGUUGCAAACGUUGGGUAAUAUCACAUCGAAUUGGAGGGAGUUGUGGAUGAGUUUCUGGGUUGACGGUACUAUCGAAGAUGAAGGCGAUUUAGGUCAGAACACAGGGACUACUCAGAUCAUAUUGGACAGUUUUGGGGAGGUUUUUAACAUGCCGGAAGGGUUACCACCACCAAGAAGCCAUGAACACACCAUUAAUUUGUGCGAGGGAACGGGCCGAUUAGCAUCAGACCGUAUCGCUACCCACAUGCUCCAAGACUUAGUUAUCUUCGUACCUUUUCUAUUCAAGGUGCAAGGAGGCGGAAUACCCUCAUCUAAUUGUCAAUUUCAUCAAAGCUUCUUGCUUAAGUUUUUCUACCUAAACCAGUUUGGGGCAAUGGAGAAUCGUAUCAGUCAAAUCCCCUCCUCAACACAAAGAUGGAGAAAAGUUGCUUAUGGAGGUAUGCAGCCUGGUUUUGAUGACAAUCACACAGACAACACUUUCCUUCAAGAAAUGGUGAUGAAUGCAAAUGUUGUCAAAAGAGACAUGCUUAAGGUCAUGCUAGAUUCCAUUUCCAUAUCUCAAUACUUUUGCAUUGUAGCACUUGUGGUUUUGGUCUGGACCCACACUCUCAAUUCCACCAUCUCUCACAACUUUUUAUUAAUUCUUGAUGUCGCCCUUCUUGCAUCCGGCUUCUUUAUCCUCCUCUUAACAGCCAAAAUGCUUUCAUUCACUCUCCUCAUCAACUACUUAAUUAAAAUCUCCUUUUUCACAACCAGUCUUUAUGUCUUAUCCCCAAUAUACCACACGUUGACCAGGUCAAUAAGUUCAGAUUCCAUAUGGGCAUUAACCACAUCACUCAUAAUCCUCCAUCUUUUCCUCCAUAACUAUUCUGGAUCCACCAUUAAAGCUCCUGGAGCUUUAGAAAUUAAACCGACUUUAACCAGUAAUAUUUCACUUAAUGCUUCCAUUGUGGCUUCACUUUUGAUUGCUUCUAGGCUUCCUUCAAGGGUUCUUGUGUUUGCUGUCAUUUUGUUUUCAUUGCAGGUUUUUCUUUUUGCACCUUUGGUGACUUAUUGCCUUAAGAAAUACUCAGUAAGGUUGCACCUGUUCUUCUCAUUGGUGUUGAUGGUGAUGACUUUGAGCUGUGUUUAUUGUUUGCAUAAACUGAUGUUUGUGUUGUUGUUGGGAGUGUUGAGUUUUGUGAAUUUGGUGUGUCCUUAUUGGUUGAUUAGGAUUCAAGAGUAUAAGUUUGAGAUUAAUGGUCCAUGGGAUGAGGCUAAGUUAUGUUUUAACAUAACAGACUGA